AUGGCGAGCCAGCGCUGCUUCGCCAACCGCUUCGAUGACUACCAGGGCAGCCUGGCGGCGGCGCCGGGCAAGGAGGCGGCGGUGCCGCUGGUGACGGCCACCAUCGAGCGGAUCCUGCGGGAGCUGCCGCCGCUCGGCGGCGCCCGCGGCUGCCAGGGCGGGCUAUACGGCGGCGUGGCCGGCGUGGCCUACAUGCUGUACCACGUCUCGCAGUGCCCGCUCUUUGCGCCGUCGCGGGAGGCCUACCUGCGGGCGGCCCGCCGCGUCGUGGACGCCUGCGUGCGCUACCAGGAGGGCGGCGGCGAGGCGGACGCCGACACCCGCGCCGCCUUCCUGCUGGGCGGCGCCGGGGUGUACGCGGUGGCGGCGCUGGUCUACCGCGCCCUGGGGCUGCCCGACUUCGCGCGGCCGCUGGGCAAGUUCCGGGAGCUGUGCGAGGUCUGCGCCCCGCUCUCCUUCCUCGAGUGCGGCUCCGACGAGCUCUUCGUGGGCCGCGCCGGCUACCUGUGCGCCGCGCUGGUGCUCAAGCAGCGCCUGGGCAUGGAGGUGUUGACUGCAGCACAGAUAAAAUCGAUUUGCCUGGCCAUAUUAGAAUCCGGAAAGCAAUAUGCAGUGAAGAAGAGGAAACCAUUCCCGCUCAUGUACUCCUACUAUGGAACAGAGUAUCUGGGUGCAGCGCAUGGGCUUUCAUCAAUCCUUCAGAUGUUACUCUCCUAUUAUGAGUACCUCCAGCCAGCAGACCAAGAGCUUGUAUGGCAGAGCAUUGACUUUCUUAUGGACCAAGAACAAAACAGCAACUGGCCUCCUGAGCUGGGAGAGACAAUUGAGCGGGAGAAUGAGCUUGUUCACUGGUGUCACGGAGCUCCAGGCAUUGCAUAUCUGUUUGCCAAAGCUUACCUGGUUUCCAAGAAGCCUCAAUAUCUGGACACUUGCAUCCGCUGUGGAGAGCUAACUUGGCAGAAAGGCCUGUUGAAGAAGGGACCAGGAAUCUGCCAUGGCGUGGCUGGUAGUGCCUAUGUGUUCCUGCUUCUAUAUAGGCUCACUGGGAACUCCAAAUACAUUUACAGGGCACAAAGGUUUGCAGAGUUCUUAUUUACAGAAGAAUUUAAGGCUGGUUCCCGGGCAUUAGAAAGUGUGUAUAGUCUGUUUGAAGGCUUCUCGGGGACUGUGUGUUUCCUGACUGACUUGCUGCAACCCAACCAAGCCGAGUUCCCCCUCUUCAGUGUCUUUGUCUAGAGAACAACAUGCUGCAAGUCCACGGCCUCAUGGCUAUGGGAGAGGGCAUGUGCAGUUUCACUUAUCUGUCAAGAGAGGUUCUUUACAAAACA